CUACCCCACAGAAAAAGAAAUACCGGAAGAGGCUUUCGUGCGCAUGGCGGCGGUAUUUUGGGAAUUAUUUAUCUAAAAAUCUGAACUUUUAAGGCUGUUUAUACAAGAAAAAGACCUGCUUUGCCUAAUCGAGAGCUGCUUGUUUGAAGAUGGAGGCAGAUCUCUAUGAUGAGUUUGGGAACUACAUCGGUCCGGAGCUGGACUCAGAUGAUGACGAUGAUGAUCUGGAUGCAGAGGACAGAGACAUGGAUGAGGGGGAUGAUGAUGAAGACGAUGAGCCUGCAGAUGCCGAUGAUGAUGUUCCAGGGAUGGAGGUGGUUUUACACGAGGACAAGAAGUACUACCCCACAGCAGAGGAGGUCUAUGGGCCCGAGGUGGAAACUAUUGUACAAGAAGAGGACACACAACCUCUCACAGAGCCCAUCAUUAAACCUGUAAAACACAGGAAGUUCACACUGAUGGAGCAAGAAUUACCGGCCACAGUUUAUGAUAUGGAAUUUCUUGCUGAUCUCAUGGACAGUCCAGAGCUAAUUCGUAAUGUUACCUUGUGUGGUCACCUUCAUCAUGGCAAGACUUGCUUUGUGGAUUGCCUCAUUGAACAAACACAUCCAGAAAUCAGAAAAAGAGAUGAUUUAGAUCUCCGGUACACAGACAUACUCUUUACUGAACAAGAGAGAGGAGUUGGUAUCAAAAGUACCCCAGUCACAAUGGUGUUGCCAGACUCCAGAGGGAAAUCCUACCUCUUCAACAUCAUGGACACCCCUGGACAUGUCAACUUCUCCGAUGAGGUCACGUCCAGUAUCCGGCUUUCCGAUGGAAUUGUCCUGUUCAUUGAUGCUGCAGAAGGAGUGAUGUUGAACACAGAGCGCCUGAUCAAACACGCAGUGCAGGAGCGAAUGGCCAUCACGAUCUGCAUAAACAAAGUGGACCGUCUCAUCCUGGAGUUAAAACUGCCCCCCACAGACGCUUACUACAAACUCAGGCACAUCGUGGAUGAAGUCAAUGGAAUGCUUAGCACAUAUUCCACUGAUGAGAAUGUGGUGGUGUCUCCUCUUCUGGGAAACGUGUGCUUUGCCAGCUCUCAGUACAGUAUCUGCUUCACCUUGGGCUCCUUCGCAAAGAUUUACUCUGACACUUACGGCGACAUUAACUAUACAGAAUUUGCUCAGAGACUUUGGGGAGACAUUUAUUUCAACCCAAAAACCCGCAAGUUCACAAAGAAAGCUCCUACCAGUAACUCUCAGCGCAGCUUUGUGGAGUUUGUUCUGGAGCCUUUGUACAAGAUUCUCUCACAGGUGGUUGGAGAUGUGGACACUUCUCUCCCUCGAGUUUUGGAUGAACUGGGAAUCCAUUUGUCCAAAGAGGAGCUCAAGUUGAACAUCAGACCUUUGCUCAGGCUGGUCUGUAACCGCUUCUUUGGAGAGUUCACCGGCCUGGUGGACAUGUGUGUGCAGCACAUCCCCUCACCACAAGAUGGCGCCAAGACCAAAAUAGAGCACACCUACACUGGGGGCCUGGACUCAGACCUUGGGGAGACCAUGUCAGAGUGUGACCCUGAUGGCCCCUUGAUGUGCCACACAACAAAGAUGUACAGCACAGAGGAUGGGGUCCAGUUUCACGCUUUUGGUCGUGUCUUGAGUGGGACGAUUCAGGCGGGACAGCCGGUCAAAGUGUUGGGAGAGAACUAUACUCUGGAGGACGAAGAGGACUCCCAGGUCUGCACCGUGGGGAGACUCUGGAUCUCUGUUGCCAGAUACCAAAUUGAAGUGAACCGUGUACCUGCUGGAAACUGGGUCCUCAUUGAAGGCUGUGACCAGUCCAUCGUGAAAACCUCCACCAUCACAGAGCCCAGAGGCAAUGAAGAUGCACAAAUCUUCAGACCCCUAAAGUUCAACACAGCGUCAGUUAUAAAGAUCGCUGUGGAGCCUGUGAAUCCGUCAGAACUGCCAAAAAUGUUGGACGGGCUCAGGAAAGUCAACAAGAGCUACCCCUCCCUCACCACUAAAGUGGAGGAGUCUGGAGAGCAUGUGAUCUUGGGAACAGGAGAACUCUAUCUGGACUGUGUGAUGCACGACCUCAGAAAGAUGUACUCAGAGAUUGACAUAAAAGUGGCUGAUCCAGUCGUAACAUUCUGUGAGACAGUUGUUGAAACCUCCUCUCUGAAGUGUUUUGCUGAAACGCCAAACAAAAAGAAUAAGAUUACGAUGAUCGCGGAGCCUCUGGAAAAGGGUCUGGCAGAAGACAUCGAGAACGAAGUGGUGCAGAUCACAUGGAACAGGAAGAAGUUGGGUGAGUUCUUCCAGACCAAGUACGACUGGGAUCUUCUGGCUGCCAGGUCCAUCUGGGCUUUUGGACCAGACACAACUGGGCCCAACAUCCUGGUGGACGACACACUGCCCUCUGAGGUGGACAAGGCACUCCUGGGCUCAGUUAAAGACAGCAUCGUGCAGGGUUUCCAGUGGGGCACUAGGGAGGGUCCUCUGUGUGAUGAGCCCAUCAGAAAUGUCAAGUUUAAGAUCCUGGAUGCAGUCAUCGCACAAGAGCCGCUACACCGAGGCGGGGGCCAGGUCAUCCCCACAGCCCGAAGGGUGGUCUACUCCGCCUUCCUCAUGGCCACACCAAGGCUGAUGGAGCCAUAUUACUUUGUGGAGGUGCAGGCUCCAGCAGAUUGUGUGUCUGCUGUGUACACCGUGUUGGCUCGAAGGAGAGGACACGUGACCCAGGACGCCCCCAUCCCAGGCUCCCCUCUCUACACCAUCAAAGCCUUCAUCCCCGCCAUAGACUCGUUCGGGUUUGAGACAGAUCUCCGCACGCACACCCAGGGCCAGGCCUUCGCUCUCUCCGUGUUUCACCACUGGCAGAUAGUUCCCGGUGAUCCGCUGGAUAAGAGCAUCGUGAUCCGGCCUCUGGAGCCUCAGCCUGCGCCACAUUUGGCCCGAGAGUUCAUGAUCAAGACGAGAAGGCGCAAGGGUCUGAGCGAGGAUGUGAGUAUCAGCAAGUUCUUCGACGAUCCUAUGUUGUUGGAGCUGGCCAAGCAGGACGUGGUGCUCAACUAUCCAAUGUGAAAAUGCCUGGAAAUAUGUCCAAAACUGACUCCAGGCGUAACCAUAGCAGCUGUCCAUCACCGGCUCAUCCUCCUCUGUAAGUGGGACAGAACUGGAGGAAAUAUAUCAAAGGCAUUUGGUUUGAUUGGUGUCCGGUUUGCAAAGUCAGAAUUAUGAACGCCUGUUUUUGUCUUGUUUAUUUUUAUAUGUAAAAAAUGACCAAUGUGUUUUGUAGAAGAACCUUUUUAAAUAAUAUGUUGUCAGUGAAAACACAUAUGACAAAUAAAAGAUGUAACUGAAAUACA